AUGAGCAGUUCAGAAAUGUCCGGUCUCAAGUGGGUAGCCACCCUCUGGGGCCUCGAGCCGCGGUGGACCACCAAUCUUGAUGAAAACGCCAUCCAGAAGACAGCCCAACUUGCUCUCCAGCGGCCAUGCCCUGAUUCUAUCCAGUUCUUGGCCAAGGGUAUUUUCAAUAAGCUCUACUCUGUGGGCACUAACAACUCAGAGGCUGUGAUCCGUAUCACUAUGCCAAUUCUGUCAGAGUUAAAAACGGAGAGUGAAGUAGCAACGAUGCAUUGGGUGCAACGCCAUACUUCUCUCCCUGUUCCAAACAUUCUCGCUUAUGAAUCUCAUUGCAAAAAUGAAAUAGGAUUUGAAUGGAUCUGUAUGGAGAAGGUGAAAGGGAAGACUCUGGGCGAUGCUUGGUGGGAGUUGGACUUUGCAGCCAAGGAGCGCGUUAUUCGCCAGAUUGCCCAGUUCUAUUCAGACACCUUUUCCCACCAAAUGAAGACUAUCGGAAGCCUAUAUGAGCAUCCCUCCUCUGAAGGGCAGACCACCCAUAUCGGAAAGUCGACAUCCCUCGCAUUUUUGGUAAGAGGCCCUCAAAGCGAGGUUCAACGAGGCCCCUUUACCUCAUGCAGGGAUUGGAUCACUGCUCAGCUCAACGCAGCAGAGGCAGACUGCAAGCACCGCCUCGAGGUAGCACGCGCCGCUGAGAUCGCGAGUGCCACAAAAGAGCAAUCCGUUGAUGAGGAAAAGCAAGAGGAAGGGGAGGAUCCCGAAGAUCUUGAGACGUCACUCACGAUCAUUACUAAAUUGAGGGGCCAAAUUGCCAGCUUCUUUCCUGAGACGAGCCCGGAACCGACAGUUCUCAUGCACCAUGAUCUGAACAAGCAUAAUAUUCUCGUUAACGCAGACGGAAGCUUGUCCGGUGUGGUCGACUGGGAAUGGAUAUCCACCUACCCGCUGUCCAUGGCCUGUCAGUACCCCGGCUUCAUAGAUGGUAAAGACCGUUCAACCAAGCCCGUCAAGAGUACCUACCACCACGACGAUAAUGGGAAGGUCAAUGAACUCUAUUGGGAACACUUGGAGUUCUAUGAACUCCAUCAAUUGCGAAUUCUAUUCAUGGAUACUAUGCGGGCUUUGCAGCCUCGUUGGGUGGAGGUAUUUAACAAGAGUCAAAGACAGAGAGACUUCUACAUUGCUAUAUGGACCUAUGAUAAUCCUUUAAACAUGAAGAGAUUAUUGAAGUGGUUAAGUGAUCUUGAAUCGGGUAUUCCAGAUGUGAUGGGGCUAGAGGAAAGAAUCAAUAACAACACCUUGUAG